GAUGAAGAAAAAAGUCAAAUUCCUUCAUGGAGUUUUAUAUUGAGUUUAUACGAAAUGAAUUUAAACGAUAAUGAUAUCGUCUCUGUUUGGAGUAGCAGCUGCCAAAGUUAAUUCUCUGUCAGAAUCGAUUCAACAGCUGAACCCCACAGAGACGUUAGAGAAUGCCCUGAAAAUACCCCAAACGCCCGUGCCUUCUAAUGCCCCACCACCGGCAACUACAACUCGGACAGGAGCGACCCCAGCACCUGUGCCGACAGCAGUUCACCAACAUCAGCCGCGAACCGUUUCAGCGUCUGUUCCAGGAGCUUCUGCGAGAUCAGCAUCAGUGCCUCCUAGUGUUCGGAAACCUCUGAACUCGCACGAAGAUGGUGCGGCUCAGUUACCACCUCCGCGGACACUAACUCCAACCGAGAGGCUGCAAACAGAUGAAGAGAAAAUUCCAUUACCCGAUCUUUCAGGACUAAGCCCCGAGGAACAGAAGAAGAUUUUGGCAGUACUCGAGAGACAAUCGGAUGAAUCGGCCUCAGAGCAACAAGCUUUAGAUCGGGCGAAGGGGGAACUUGAGAAACUGGAGAAGGAUGUGAAGGUGUUGGAGGAGCAGAGUCGCUCUAUGGGCAUAGUGGAUGGGACAGUGUGUCAGAUAUGCUUCCGCAUCAAGUUCGAACCGGCCUCCGCCUCCACCCCGGCCGGACACAGAUGCCAUUCGUGUCAACUCAAGUUCUGUGCCAGCUGCGGAAUCAAGACACAGCUACACACCCACAAGCUUGCGUGGCAGUGCAAAUUAUGUCGCAAAAGAGCGGACAUUUUGGCAAAGAGUGGUAAAUGGGCAACACCCCUGCCGGCUCCGAAAGAGUCUCUCCAAGGCCAGAGUCAGAAUCCAGAUCAACAGCAACAGUCUCAGUCGUUGGAGUCUAGCAGCAACCAAACUGGAAAAACAUCACAAAACCAAAAUUUACAACAAUCAAACUUAGUUUCGAAAACCAGCAUCCAGCAAUCUCAAAAUCACCAAUCAACGCCUACUAGGACAAAUAAUUUACCUCCAGGACAAGUGAAUUUUCAGAACCAACAGGUUAAUCCGAAUCAUACUCCGAGUCAGAAAUCACCACAUGCGAACCAGGCAAACGGAAAAAUAGAUGCUGGAAUUGGCCAGACAUUCUCGCAAUCAUUUCCAACAAAAAGUCAGGAAUCGAGCCCAACUUUAAACAAGCAACAGACAUCUCAGAACCAACAAAGUAACCAGCCUCAAACGUCGGCACAACAGCAAAAUCAGUCUCCCUUCUCACAGCUAGCCAAAUUUUUACCCAAUGUCAUCCAACCGUUAGCUCAAGCCGCAACUGGAGGUCAUUCCCAUUCGAACAUUGCUGCUGCACAGAAUAAGCAGCAUCCAAAUCAGCUAAACAUAGACACCAAAAGAAACCAGAAAGGUCUAUUGGGUAAUGGACAUUUAGCAAACAUGCCGGCAUCUUCCGAUCCGCCUCCACCUCCUCCUCCUAGGAGUCCACAGGUGUACGAUAGAGUUCUCCCAGCAAGACGUUCGUUAUCUGGUCGAGGAGUUCCAGUUAAGUCAAGGGCCGGUGGUGGUAAUUUAGCUCCCCCUAGACGAAGUGCGCCGGCGCCACCCACGGGUAACAUGACAGGUUCCGGACCCCCAAGAAGAGUCCAGCCCUCCAAUCAGACUCAUCAAGGACAUUACCCAGACGACCCGCAUGGGGUUGUAGGUGCUAAUUAUGGAUCGACUCGGAACGACGAUUUACCGGAUAGCGGCUACCGUUCAGAGUCGAACCGAACGACGAGUAGCCGAGACUCGGCCGAGAAACGAAGGCGUGCCGAGUACAUGUCGCACGUCAACGACCGCGAACGGAGAGAAAAUCAAAUGAUGCGCAAAAUGGACUCGAUAAAUUCCGAAUAUUCGACGAGUUACGCGGACCAAGAAAAUAUGUACAGAGGUCAAUAUCAUCAACAGGGUUCUAUGGGGCCGUACGGGGACCACCCGGAUAUUAGACACACGAUGUAUCCCAAUGAACCGAGGUCAAAUGUUGGACCAAAGGGUAGAAUAAAAACGAGCAAGAAAAGAGAUCAUCCGAGGUACUAUACUUCGGGAUCCGGCAGGUCUUUCAGCAGCAGUGAGGAGGAUAUACGAUCCACUCCGGACUUGACAAGUUGGGACGGAUUUGAGUCGGAGAGCCUAGUCAGUGAUCGAGGACUUGACCUUUGGGACGAUUACGGUACUGGUGGAUAUUCCUCAGCUAAUAACAAAUCAUGGAAAGGAAGUGCGGUUGACUGGACACAGGAGCCAGAUGGUUCCAACAUCGGUAGGAUUUUGCUACACAAAGGAGCCGGUCGAGAACUGGGUCUGAAGGUGAGAGGCGGUCAGCCCCUGGACGAGGUGUUAUGUAACUCCCAAGUGUCUCCGGGUGACAUGCUGGGGUCAGAGGUGGUCAAUGUGCAGGCCUAUAGGGGAGUGUUGAGUGCAUUUGUGGUCAAUGUGAGACGCGGCAGUCCCGCCGACACUGUUGCGGGAAUCGUGCCAGGCGAUGAGAUCCUGGAGUGGAACAAGAUUAUUUUCCGGAACCUCACCCACAACCAAGUCACUCAAGUGAUAGUGCAGUCCAAGCAGGAUCCUGAGAUCGACCUCCUCAUUUGUCGCAGACCGAAUAUGCAGCUGAAGUUGAACACAAUAGCGGGUAGAAUGGGAGGAGCGAAUGGAGACGGCCAAUCAGAUCAGAGAUCGACCCUGUUGCCUUACCCUCCCAGGCCUACCACCCGCCGAGGACAGCAGCACGACUCAGGGGGAGGGGGAGGGGGAGUGGUAGAAGGGAGAGUGGGAAUGGGGGAGAAUAACAGUAGCAGCAGCAGUGCCUUAUCAUACAGUUUGCCUGCAUCUGCGUUCCGCACAACCAUGGCCUACAAUUCGAACAUGAACUCCUCUUCUGUGUUGGGUUCAGCAGCCAAUCAGAAUGCCCAGCUGCAUCCACUUAUCACGUCAGAGUGCGUGAGCGGACAGAUACAGAUGAGUCUGAGCUACAGUGAGAAAGACAAUCAACUAACGGUGACCUUAAACCAGGCGAUUGACCUCAUCUCGAGGAACGACGGGGUUGGAGGCGGGACUCGAAACCCCUACGCUAAGCUGUACCUCCUCCCAGACAGACGCGAUGACUCAUUGAGACGCACAAAGACAUCUUACGACACUCUACAGCCGGUGUGGAACCAGGUGUUCACAUUUUACAUUGGGAGGAGUCAGUUACUUGAGAAGGAACUGGAGGUUACUUUGUGGGACAACAGUUUCAUAGACACCUCUGCUAAUAGCACAGAUGGACAUCAUUCUAUGUCCAUGUCCAUGGCAGCUGCAGGGGGCGCAGGGGGGCCACCAGCCGUGAAAGAGUUUCUAGGAGAGGUGCUGCUGAGUUUGGACCAGGUCACUUUCGACGGGGAGCUGAGAUGGUAUGAUCUCCAUGUACACGACUCUUCGUCCUCCCACUCGUUGCCUAUUCCAUCCCCUCCUCCGAAUACCACUGCAAUGAGGCAAAAGAGUGCCCCUGGAGCAACCAGCGACAACUACUCUAUGGUGGCAAACAGGAAUCGACAGCAAAACAAUAUGUGGACUGCAACUCAGUCUCAAAUGGAUGCCAAUGCAGCUGGUCCCUUCGGAUUUUCUGCGCCUCAAAACACAUGGGGCGCGGAUACAGUUAACAAACUGAUUUCUAAUGUCAAACGAAGCAUGCAUCUGCCCCUGUAUCCCCAUUCUGAACAUAGCUCCCCUUUCAAAACUUGGAAACACUCCGACGCUGUAUCCUCGGCUUUGACCCCGAGUAGCCGAAGUCUGUCGCCGGCGCAUCGUCGCAGAACUCAGUCUACUUCGGAAGUUUUCGCGUCGCCGUUUGAUAAUAUUCGACAACAUGAAGUGUUAAGAGGAGCAGAAAUGGCAUCUUUUCCACGAUCAAACUUUGAAAAUUAUGAAGCAAAUCGCAAACAAAAUUUAAUGAUCAAUACUUAUCCAGAUCAAUCGAAGGCUCAGCCGCCGGUUAAUAUGUUUUCCGGAGUACUGGCUCAACCCUCAAGUUUCUUCAGCGGAUUAAUGCAAAAAGUGAGUGACAAGACUACCUGGGACUCCGUGGGGGACCCCAUGGCUGCAGCACAGGCACUUCUUGGAGCUUCCAAACCUUCAGAUGGAAGAGGCUUAGACACCCGGAAAGGAGCGACCGCACCCUCCACCCCUCUACGCUCUUCCGACAUGGACCCAGUGCUGAACUACCCCUCGGGUCUAAAUCAGCCCCUCUACCCCAACCAAAACCACAACAAUAAACAGAUAGACUACCUCUCUUUGUCAGCCGCAGACACAAGAUACGGGCGGAAACCUUCGAAUGAAAGAGCGGGGGGAUUCUAUGAACAAGGAUAUUCCGCUGGAAGUCGCAGUAACAGGUACGCCAGUGGUUAUCACUCAGCGGGUGAGAGCUACCAUUACGUCACAGAGAGAAGGGGUUCCGACUAUGGCGACGACCCCGAUGCCGCCUUGUAUUUGACAGACGUAGAGUCGAGACGCCGCCGCACGACAAGCAGAUCUUCAUAUGACGGCUGGAAUAAUAGAUACGCGACUGAGAGGUCUCCGACUUAUUUUUCUGACGUGGAGUCCAAUCAGAGACGGCGGCAGAGAGACAGACACAGAAGCGGCGGCGGCGUCGACUCCCAGUACUCGUCGUCUCGCUAUGAGCGAGAUGCUCCUGGUCGCAUGAGUCAGCAGUCAGGGACUCUAAACCCCAACAACCUCUCAACUGCGCCUGAUUAUUUUUUAGGAGAAAACGGGUCCUCCCUACGCUCCCACCAAGAUACUAGAUUUGGAUCUUUGGGUGGUGGGAGCGCGGUUGCACAUAAGUACAUGAGCAACGCCACGGGCGGCGGUGGUGGCAGACACUCGACCGCGCCCACCUCUUCCUCAAACGCCUUCACUGCUCACCUCAACUCCCAAUUGUAUACCUCUCACACCAACAACAACCAACAGGGAGAGGUGUUCAGAUUCCGAAGGUACAGGGGAGGACCCGCGUCCCGCGUGAAACAGCUGAGCAAAAUGCCCAUCAACGCACACCUGCUUAAUCCCAAUCAAGCCCCCCACCCCCAAUCACUAGGUGCGAUGUCGGACUAUAGCAACAUCCUGCCCCCUCACCCGGCACUACUGGAACCCACAGAUAGGCGGAACAGACAGUCUGCUGAAAGAUUGUGGCACAGCGACGUGGAGGGAGGAGAUAUUUCUACUGCAGAGUACGAGGAUGGAAACUACCUAAUGGCCUCCAGAUACAAUCAACACCAACAUCAGCGUCAACAACCGCCUCCACGCAGAAUUCGGUCUCCUUCCGGUGGUCGCUCUGAUCUCUCCACUCCCACGCAGAAUAAUCUGCAACUUCAGCAGAAGGACGAGUCAAGUGAACACUCUGUCACCCCCAGAGCAGACAUCUACUCGCCCUCCACAGCACAACAAGAUGGAGUGAUACCGAGAAGAAAAAACUCAGUUCAGAAUCCACCAAUAUCACCAUCACCUCAAGAGGGGGGUCCCUCGUUACGCAGACAGAUAUCAGAUGCACUGAGUUAUUUCGACAACCAAGAGCUAAUUGACAACGAGCAAGACCUCGACUACUUUUCCCAGAGUGACGUAACGGGUAUGAGAUACAAUAGAUACGAUCACGAAGACGCCUUAAUUCAAGACCUGAAAGAGAAACACAGAGAUAGUUUUGGAAGCAGUCGCUUCGGAGACGAUUCGUCUUUUGAUUCUCCAAGCAGUCGAAAAACGACAAAAGUCUCCUCAAACUACGAGGAGCAAACAUCAUACUCUGGAGAGCAUCGCAGAAGUCCAAAAGAUAGGCACAAUAAAAGUUAUCGCCUGGAAACAAUCAAAAGUAGAUCUUAUCAAGAGGAAGAGCAGAAUUUUGAAGACGAUGACCAUUAUCGGAAAAAGAACAGCGAGCCGACUGCAUCGAGAUACUCAGAGGACAACGAUAAAAAUGCACGAAGGAGUCACUCGAAAAGAAUCGACAACUAUAACAACGAUGUUUCCCCGACUGAGGAAUUCCCGGAACCUAAUCGAGACACAAGAGAUAUUGACUGGAGAUCGAACGACAGUUACAAUCAGGAGUACGACUCAAAAAGAGAAAACGAAAGUUCCCGGCGACAAACGAGCAGUGAUACUAGGAACAAUGAGUUCACUGAAGCAUCGAGGACUCUUAGCAACUCACGAGAAGAUGACGAGGAAGAAGAGGAGGAUGAUAUCGACUUGGAGUUCAGAAGGAAUGCAGCUGCGUCGAUGAGGAGCGAAGGAGACAAUUUGAACAACCAGGAAGACGAAGAUGAAGAUAUCGACGACUGGCUUCUGGCUCAGAGCAAGAGAUAUGGGGUCAAAAUGGAGCAAGUUGUGGAUGAGGCACAACAAAUGUUGAGUGCCAGUAUGCCAAUGGGCGCAGAGGCAGGUUUCUUCUCCGACUCAGGGGGAGGGAUGGGUCUUGGGGGUAUGAUGGGCGGGGGGCCUGGGAGCAAGAAGAGGCGGCCUUCGAUCGGACACAAAAUAGGAGCUCUAGUGGGUCUGUCUAAAAAGAGCAACAGCAUGACUCAGCUGCAAGAUGAAAACGAAUGUGAAAAAGGCAAACCAAAGAAAGAGUCAAAGCAGAAGCAGCUACAAGAAGACAAGGCACUAGAUAUUGGUGUAUCUUUACAAGAGAAAGUAGGUGGUCCAAACUCGGACCAAGUCAGUCAUACUUUAUCUGGGUUGUCGGAGGGUGGAGCGGGUAUCUCUGGGUCCAAUAGAUCUGUGAGCAUGAAGUCGCUCACAUCUUCCGCGAGAUCAAAUGCAUCAGCUUCAAGUAACGUGAGGAACAAGCGCAUCAGCAUUCCCCGAACAGCCGAAGUGGGAUUCCACACACAUGAUGACAUGAAGAAGUAUCUCUUAAGUAGGAUGGACAACCAUUCUCUCCACUCCAGCUCGGGAAGCACCGGCACGGGAGCCGCCUCCAUGGAUGCAUCUCUCUUUCUGCAGACGCAGUACGCGACCCCUGCGAACGAGCAGCUGAACUCUUUCGUGGACGACUUGGGUCCUGGACAGGUUGUGGGCAGACAGGUUCUGGGUUCGCCCUGUCUAGGGGAGAUCCAGCUGAGUAUUGGGCUAAAGAGGAACACCAGUCUGGAGGUGGAGAUUGUGCGGGCCAGGAACCUCACUGUGAGACCCAUGUCCAAAGUGUUUCCAGCGGCGUUUGUGAAAGUGUAUUUGAUGGAGGGUAAGAAGUGUUGUGGGAAGGCGAAGACGAAGAUUGCGAGACGAACCACAGACCCCUACUUCCAGCAGCAGCUCACUUUCCCAGACAUUCCAAACCCUACUGCUGGCGGCUCAGGCAGAACACUACAGGUAACUGUGUGGGGCGACUAUGGUCGGAUGGAGCGAAAGUGUUUCAUGGGAGUGGCCCAGAUAAACAUGGACGACCUCAAUCUGUCUUCGAGCAUUGUGAUUGGAUGGUAUAAACUGUUCACGUCUUCAUCCCUAGUUGAGCAGCCCAAGAUAAGUGCCACUCAUUUGCAGUCCAUGUCUCAACUAUCCAACUUCUGAUUGGACAACUCAAAUCAGCCAAUCACGCCUCACGUAGAAACAAAUUAAAGAAAAGCUAUGUUAUCAAGACGGAAGCAUCGCGAAAACAAUUCGAAAAACCACAAUGGAAGACAAAAUGAACCCUGGAUUGAUAAUCGGAUUAAAUUUUAAGAAAAAACUGACGACAACGAUGAACCAAAUUGACUCUUUAGUUAGCCUGCAUUUCUACUUUUAUAAUCUUUAUGGGCGAACUUAAUUUUGGGUAAUUUGGUUAAAUUAUUUUUAAAAGUUACCGGAAUAAGGUUGAAUUAAUGCAGUAAUGAAACAUUUCCUCUAAGAAACAAAUUCAUGUCUUGAUUAAUGCUCAAUGUUGAAUUCAGAAUGUUAGUUAGAAGAUAAAAAAAUUGAAGAGCUUCAGUCUUGGAGCAAUCAUGCUCACAACUAGAAAGUUGGCUUUUGAAUUGGAAUUGAAGCGGAUUAUUUAUUGAUGAUCAAUCGAAUCUAAACUGCUUUGGUGCUAAGAUAUAUAAUCCUUAUAUUACCAAUUACAAAAUUAGUACGCUCACAAGUAUAAUCUAGAUCCAUUGUUCUUCACAGAAAGACGUCUAUUUCAUUUCUUGGAGUCUAAAUUCACCGCAAAUAUAAACUGGCAUUUUCAAUGAAGAUUACAAUAAACUUCUGCGUAAUUAACAAUCAUUAAUUGGAUUUUGAAUUGAUUUAUUCUGUUAUCGAAGCAAACCAUUUACCACAUGGUAAAACCUUGUUUUGAUUGGUUUUCUUUUAUAGUUAAUGCCAAAAUUUUGGCGAUAUUCUUUUCGCGCAGCGAAUCUGAGAAAAGUAAGUUAAC